AAUAGUCCCAUAAACAAGUCACAUUAACCGGGCUUACGCAGACAGAGAAAGACUCAGCCUUGAACGGAUUUUCCGUGGAGAUUGUGCUGUUUCGUGUAUUUGAUCCAUUUGUUAUUUUCAUUUAGACAUGGGACUCUUUUAUAAAACGACUAGUUCAGAAUUAUACGUGCGUAAUUUGUAACGGUGUGCGUAUUACGCACAGACUGGAUGGUUUCGUAGAUUGUUUCUUUAUCGCAAUUGUUUUCGCAUCUGCUUAAGGCGAUCUUUGCAGGUAUGUUUUCACUAUUUCAGGGCUUUGUCGUGUUCUGUGCGCUGGGCUGUCGGCACCAAGCGAGCGGCCAAGCGGACGACGGUAAGCGGUACAUUUGCCGAGCAGUGCCUCUCGUCGGCGACACCAGCUGCCCGGUGACCUUGUUACCCGAAUUCAACGCCGGGGGUCAGGAAGAGGAGCUCCGCAACACCGUAAUGCAGCUCCGAGAGACUAUUCUGCAGCAGAAAGAAACCAUUUUCAAGCAAUUAGGCACCAUCAACGAACUGACCACCAAAUUGUCCCUGUGCGCAUCAACCACCGAUGACAGAAAGUACGAAAAGGGGGGUCCUUGGGGCAAAGGGAAGCAAAACACAAUGGGAGACGUCCCCAGAGAUCCAAAUGACACCGUGGAGAACCUUGGCAAAACAAUGCAGGGGCUCAAGGACCGGCUGGAGAACCUGGAGCAACAGCAGAUGCGGGCCAACAUAUCCGGCGCGUCGUUCCCCAGCGAGCUGCGUGACUUGCUGCAGCGUCGCCUGGUCGAGCUGGAGAAACAGCUCCUGAGGAAAGUCAGCAACCUGGAGGAGGAGAAGAGCAUGCUGUCCAACGCCACGGCAGCAUACCGGCUCAAGACGGAAAGUACGCUCAAUGCGCUGGUGGAGAGGAUAAGUGAGCUGGAAAAAGGUGGGGAAGACUUCAAGUCCCCUGAGCAGUUCAAGCUCUCCCUUCCCCAGCGUACAAACUAUUUGUACGGCCGCAUCAUUAAGAGCCUCCCGGAGAUGUAUGCGUUCACGCUCUGCAUGUGGAUCAAGUCCAGUGCCACUCCGGGCAUCGGGACACCCUUCUCCUACGGUGUACCCGGACAAGCCAAUGAGAUUGUGCUGAUCGAGUGGGGAAAUAACCCAAUUGAACUGCUCAUCAAUGACAAGGUCGCACAGCUGCCCUUGGAGGUACGUGACGGAAGGUGGCACCACAUCGGCAUCUCCUGGACCACUAGAGAUGGCCAGUGGGAGGCCUAUCAAGAUGGAGAAAAGCAAGGGACCGGAGACAACCUGGCAGCAUGGCACCCUAUAAAACCAGGAGGGGUGAUCAUCCUGGGCCAGGAGCAGGACGUUGUAGGUGGACGCUUUGACGCCGGACAGGCCUUCGUGGGAGAACUCAGUCAAGUCAAUAUUUGGGACCGUGUUCUCAAGCCAGCCGAGAUCCAGUCUAUGGCCAACUGUACGUCAUACUUGCCGGGUAACGUGAUCUCAUGGAUGGCGAGCAAUAUCGAGGUGUUUGGGAGGGGAGCCUUCAAGAGGCCCUUGGAGAUGUGUCAGGAGCGUCUGCCUAAUAACUAAACUCUUAGCAUCUGCCUUUUGUGUUAACUAGCUGCUACUUCCGCGCAUUUAUUUUUUUUCCAAUUACUGUGAGACAGUUUAUGGAAGCUGUGAAAAACAACAUUGUGACUGUUGCAAAUAACACUGGAUGUGCAAAUUAGGGCACACAUCACUGGCUACAUGCUUUCUGUUUCUGCUGCCUGGUAUCAAGUCACUUCAGUCCAGGGUUCCCUCAUGUAUUACCAUCACCUUACUAUAUGUACCCCAUCCCUAGAGACUUUGAGGUGAUGAAAAUCCACUCGAGCUUCGCGCAGAGGCACACAACCGUACAAACUCUGCUGAUACAAAUACAGUACAUGGAAAGACCCAGACUGGCGUUGACAUGUGAGCUUCUGUUGCGUGCCGUGCAAGAGAAAGUAGGAGAGAAGAUUAUCUCAGAGGUCUGGCUAAUGUUAUGGCUAUUGCUUAACAGUAGAAUCGGUUUGGAGCCAAAAUCAAUCACAUGUUGUAUCCUGACAUGAUUAGUCAUGAGAUUAGUCUACUCGAUUCGCACUUGAGGAAAAAAAAGACAAAAUUGAUACUUUGCAUGGACAUGAUACCAGUGAUACUACUAAAUCUAUCACAGUGCUUUUUUUUCCCUACUUGCCUUGUUCAUCUGAGCAAAACCCAUUUAAAUGGAGAUUUGUGUUUAUUGCAUCAUUGUAUUGUUCUAAAAGACUUGGUCUAUAUAGUUGCAGUGGAUUGUAUAUGUAAUUAUUAGCACAGCUAGGGUAUAACAACUGAACUAUGAACUACUUCUAAUGUGUUUGUGGUAUGUGUCAUAUAGUGUAAUUGCCCUGCAAUGUUUUGCACGUAGCUGUUUUGCACGUUAAACUCUACAUAAUUGUUUGUGUGGCCUUUAUAGGGACUAAAGUGCCAACAAUUAAUCUGUUUGUACUAAAAUAACUUUGCCAAUCAGUGUGCAAAAUAAAAAGAUCUACUGCCUAAA